AUGCGACCCGAUGCUAGAGGCAAAAUGGGCUUCACCACCUUACAGAAAUGUACUGCGGCGAUUCGUCAACCUGCUUAUGGGACGACAGCCGAUUCUUGGGACGAAUACUUAAAGAUGUCCAAAAGACAUGCUAGAGAAUGUUUAUACAAGUUUUGCAAAUUUGUGGUGAAGCUCUACAACCAAAAAUAUUUGCGAAAACCGAAUCACAAUGACGUUCAAAAUUUGUAUCAACACCACCAAGCAAGGCACGGUUUUCCAGGCAUGCUCGGGAGCAUUGAUUGCAUGCAUUGGCCAUGGCGGAAUUGUCCUACCGCUUGGCGAGGAAUGUAUACGCGAGGCGAUCAGGGACAUCCAACAAUAAUUCUAGAAGCUGUUGCGUCUCAAGACCUAUGGAUUUGGCAUGCUUUCUUUGGUAUUCCUGGUUCGAAUAUCGAUAUCAACGUUCUACAAAAUUCGGAGGUUUUUGACGAUGUUAUAAAAGGGGUCGGUCCUGAUACGAGUUUUACAGUUUCGGGCGUGGAGUACGGACGCGGGUAUUAUCUUGCCGAUGGAAUAUACCCACAAUACUCUACAAUAGUUAAAACGGUUAGGCAUCCUGCGGAUGAAAAAAGAAAGAAAUUUGCCAAGUUUCAAGAAGCGGCUAGAAAAGAUAUUGAACGGUGUUUUGGGGUUCUCCAACAAAGAUGGCAUAUUAUUGAAAACCCAGCACGCGCUUUUAGACCCAAAACGUUGCGAUACUGUAUGUAUGCUUGUAUUCUGCUGCAUAACAUGAUCCUCGAAGACGAAGGACAUGCAAUUUGUGAGUAUGACGAGAACGCGGUGGAGGAGAAUAAUGUUCCGGUUAGCGGAGAACAACAAGAUUUGAACAGGUUCUCGUUACAUAACGAUUUCACACAUGUCAAUCUUCAAUCGGACUUGAUCGAUCACAUUUGGAGUCUCGGACAAAACAACGCGUAG